AAACCCAAACGCAAACGCGCUACAACAACCCAACUCUCCGUCCUCAACAAAGUCUUCGCAAAGACAUUCUUCCCCUCCACCGAACUCCGUAUCGCGCUCGGGAAACAGCUGUGUAUGUCCCCGCGGACCGUACAGAUUUGGUUCCAGAAUCGGAGGCAGGGGUGGAGGGCGAGGUUGAGG